CCUAGUCUGCGGUGCCUCGUCCCUUGCGCUAGAAAGUUAGGUUGUGACCUGCCGGUUGCAUCAGCUGUUGUACCACAUAGCAAUUGUUUUUAUAGCAAGGCAGUGGGUAAGCGGUAAGUGCCGGGUACAGAGCAUGACUGAUACUGCCGCACACCAGCUGGCUAACAUGAGCCUGGAUAAGCAAAAUGCCGGUGGAGGCAAACAAAAAGAGGGUGGAAAGAAGAAAAACAAGGAAGGAUCUGGUGAUGGGGGCCGCGUGGAGUUGAAUCCAUGGCCUCAGUACAUCAAUGAGAGGCUUGAAAUUUAUAAUAAAUUAAAAGCAGAGCAUGAAGCAUUACUGGCAGAAAGAGCUGCGAAGGAAAGUAAAACCAUUAAAGUAACAUUACCUGAUGGAAAGCAAGUAGACGCGGAGUCUUGGAAGACCACUCCUUAUCAGGUCGCUGCUGGAAUUAGCCAAGGGCUGGCUGAUAACACCGUGGUGGCAAAAGUGAAUGCUGUGGUUUGGGACCUGGAUCGCCCAUUGGAGGAAGACUGUAAAUUAGAACUGCUGAAAUUUGAUGAUGAGGAAGCUCAGGCAGUAUACUGGCAUUCAAGUGCCCAUAUAAUGGGUGAAGCUAUGGAGCGUGUUUAUGGCGGCUGUUUGUGCUAUGGGCCCCCUAUUGAAAGUGGAUUUUAUUAUGACAUGUAUCUUGAAGAUGGAGGUGUGUCCAGUAAUGACUUCAGUAGCUUGGAAAACCUAUGUAAGAAAAUAAUGAAAGAAAAACAACAGUUUGAGAGAUUAGAAGUCAGCAAAGAAACCUUACUUGAAAUGUUUAAGUAUAACAAGUUUAAGUGUCGCAUCUUGAAUGAAAAGGUAGAUACUCCAACAACUACAGUAUACAGAUGUGGCCCCUUGAUUGAUUUGUGUAGAGGACCUCAUGUACGUCACACUGGCAAGAUUAAGGCUUUCAAAAUUCACAAGAAUUCUUCCACUUAUUGGGAAGGCAAAGCUGAUAUGGAAACCUUACAGAGAGUUUAUGGAAUCUCUUUUCCUGAUGCAAAAAUGCUAAAAGAGUGGGAAAAAUUCCAAGAAGAGGCCAAAAACAGAGAUCACAGAAAGAUUGGAAGAGAACAGGAGCUGUUUUUCUUUCAUGAGUUGAGUCCUGGGAGCUGUUUCUUCCUUCCCAAGGGUUCCUACAUUUAUAACCAGCUGAUCGAUUUCAUCAGAGAAGAAUAUCGGAAACGGGGCUUCCAAGAGGUGGUCACGCCAAACGUCUACAACAGCAAACUGUGGCAGACAUCUGGACACUGGCAGCACUACAGUGAAAAUAUGUUCUCAUUUGAAGUUGAGAAGGAAAUCUUUGCACUGAAACCCAUGAAUUGCCCAGGACACUGUUUGAUGUUUGAUCAUCGCCCACGCUCUUGGAGGGAGCUGCCCCUGAGAAUGGCUGACUUUGGUGUUCUUCACCGCAAUGAGCUAUCUGGAGCCCUUACCGGACUUACACGUGUGAGACGAUUUCAGCAAGAUGAUGCUCACAUAUUCUGUGCUAUGGAGCAGAUUGAAGAAGAGAUAAAGAGCUGCCUGCAUUUCCUGCGCUCUGUGUACGAUGUCUUUGGUUUCACUUUCAAACUAAACCUCUCCACUCGUCCUGAGAAGUUUCUUGGUGACAUAGAAGUGUGGAACCAAGCUGAGAAGCAACUCGAGAACAGUUUAAAUGAAUUUGGUGAAAAAUGGGUUUUAAAUCCAGGUGACGGAGCCUUCUAUGGACCAAAGAUUGAUAUCCAGAUCAAAGAUGCAAUUGGUCGAUACCACCAGUGCGCUACAAUUCAACUGGAUUUCCAGC